CUUUCAGGUAGAAGGCAAGACCGAAGGAAGGAAGAAGUGCAUGACGAAAUGGCCGAUUAUUUUAUGUUUCUUUUCGCCAGGGAGAGGUCUAUUUAAUGUGGUUGCAAGGGACGAACUCGAGGAAUGAUUUUAUGGAUUCUACGUGAAGUGCUGUACCAUAUGAGCGAGUCAUGGAGGAUGUGUGUUUAGUAUGUAAUAAAGACACAAGUGAAUCCUUGAUAAAUAUUUACACUGAACUACCAUCAAAGAGUGGUAGAAUAUACAUUCAUGAUCACAUAUCACAAGUGAUUGAUCAACAAGAGUUCCAGGAAGCAUGUAAGGUGUCCGAAGUUCUUUGUUCAUCGUGCUUGAAGAUCCUCUUAGGGAUCGACAGUCUCCAGUUUGAACUCAGGACGUUGAAGGAUGAAUUUCACAAGUGUUUCAGAGAUGGGGUUGAAAUACGGAGGCAAAGAACGGGAGUCUGGUAUGGUGUCGAGGAAAUGCAAAAGAGUCCUUCCACUAGGAGUGAAAUCUCAACUAUUUUACCAUUGGGAGAUAAUUUUUGCAGUGGUGGAAAUAGUAGUUCAGAGAAGAAUGAAUUUUUGACAGUUCGGGAUAAAAAAGAAUUAUUUAUAAACCAAGACACUCUCUGUGAUGAAAAGGUUUGUGAAAAUGUACAAGAAACACAUGUAAAUGAUAAGGAAAGUAAACCUUUUGAAGAAGACCUAAUAAGCAAACUGUCAAGUGAUAAUAGUAAGACAAGAAGUGAUGCAAUACAAAUUCAAUUUCUUGGAGGUCAGAAUGUCAUAGAUAUCAAAACUCACCAAAGAGAAGGUGACUGCGAAGACGACCCGCAUUUGCCCGAGUCCGCGGAUGACCUGGUCAGUAGUCAGAUAGAAAGCCCUGUAACACCUGAAGAUGAUGCAAGUAGGAUAAUUGAUGUAGAGGAUUCAAUCAAGAUAGAGAAGAACUUUGAAGAAAAUGAUUCAUUUGCCAGUUCAGAAGUUUUUGAAGCAAUUGAUAGGGAAGAUAAGAAGACCUCAGUAAGAGUUCGUAGAAGUGUCAGAAACAAAAGAAAUUUGGAUGCAUGUUUGCAAGCACAGAGAAAUCCAAAGAAAAAGUUGAAAGGAGAAAAAGAUGUUAAAAAAGACAAAAUCCUUAAACAGACUGAUAAAGAUGAAGAAUGGACUGAGGAAAGCAAGCCAAAAUUGGGAAAUAUUUCCUCAUGUGAAAUAUGCAAGGAGGUCUUUGAUGAUGCAAAGCAGUUACUAAAACACCGUGGUGAUGUUCACCCCUCUAUCUACUGCUAUGUGUGCCAGCAAUGCGAUGAUGUUAGAUACCGAGAGAAAGCCAAGCUAACACAACAUGUCCGGCUCAUUCACAAAGUUCCCGUCCAUAAGUGCCCUGGUUGUAAUCAUGAGGCUCCAAGCCAGAAUGCCCUGGACAAACACAUCAUUAAUGAACAUCCAGAAUCCCGUUACUUUGAGUGUGGAAUUUGCCACAAGGCUUUCAGGACUUACCGCUACCUCAACUUCGCUCACAUGAAAAGAUGUCACUUUGGCCUUCCAAUUAAAUAUACUUGUGAUAAAUGUAACAAGGGAUUUGUAGAUAAGUCGUCAUUUAGAAACCACAAGCUCACACAUUCAGAUACCAAAAAUUUUACAUGCGAAUAUUGUGGCUCUUUGUUCCAUAAUCCAUACAUUUUGAAAGUUCACCUUAAUACACAUACUCAAGAGAAAAAGUAUAAUUGUAAUGACUGUGAUAUAACAUUUUUACGACAUUGUAAUCUCAUUGCUCAUAAAAAGCGUUUCCAUAGCUCUGACGAUGUUAGAUUGGUUUGUGAAGUGUGCGGCAAAUCCAAGGCAACACAACAGGACUUACGGAGACACCAGCUAGCCCAGCACUCUAAGGAAAAACCUUUCUCCUGCCAACAGUGUUCUCGAACUUACACCUCAAAGGAGAGCCUGAAAAAUCACCUGCGAACCCACGCUGAUGAGAAACCAUACAAGUGUGACUGUGGCAAAUCAUUUCACAAGAGCAGUGUCCUCCGUCGUCAUCAGCGGUCAGUGCAUCUGGCGCAGAGGCCGCCACACAUUUCCACCCAUGAGAGUAUACAGGAAGAGUUGGACAGUGUUCACAUUGGAGACGAGGACAUUGAAGGGGAGGAACGAAUGGUAGUCAUCACCCUUAAGGAAUGUAACCCGCCUGCUGUUUAUACUGUGCGGAGUGCAUCCUCAAACUUAGAGGAGAUCAUGGUGACAAAUGAGAGCUCACUGCAGUCACCAGAGAGCACGUUCAUCUCUGGAGCACUCCCACAUACACAGACCAUAGACACCAUACCAGUGCUACAUCACCAGUUGGGAAGUAUUGGAACAGGCAGAAUUGGGAUUACAACACCUGUUCUUUUCACUACACUCAAUGCAAACCCACCCAGUGGAACCCAUGGGCAAGAGGCUCUGCAGGAGAACUUGCCUCAGACAUUUGCCACAGAGAUGACCUCCGUUCCCAGCGGUAUCCAGGCUAAUGCAAUCCCUUUCCAAGAAGAGAAUGGUUCCACAGAUUCCAUAAAAGAUGAGAGAAUAGUGCAGUUUCAGGAUGAAACUCCAGUCACAUGUACACAACUGACCACUCAGAUACUGCAGUUACCACCUCUCCAGACUAAUCCUUCCAAUAAUGCCCAACUGACUUAUGUUACAACUUGGCCAUUUCCAGACAGAUAACAUAUUAAAGUAAGUUCAGGAAACUCAGAGUCACUUCAGAAACUGAAGUGCAUUUGAAACCAAUAUAUGUUGUUUCUUGUUUACCCCUUGUUUUUACAUCACUGUCAAUUCCAAUCAAAAUACAAAAUGGGUUAUGUUAUAGAAGUGCUUUGUUAUGAAGGAUUUUAAAAGGUUUUUUAAAAAUUAAUUUCUCAUUAAAUCUACAAUCCUUUUCUAACAGAUUAUUGAUAUUUUCUUAAACUAUAUCCUUAAAAGGAGGAUAAAAUAACAAAAUACUUCUUU